ACUAUUGUAAGCAUGACCCGUUUGGAUCAAGUAGAGCGAAUGAUAGUAAAAUACCCCGAUUUCCCUUCCAAAGGAAUAUUGUUUCUCGAUAUUUUCCCCUUAUUUAAAAGUCCUUCCGCUAUAAAAGCGUUAUUGGAGGAAUUUCAAAGACACAUUACUCCUUUGUUAAAGGUUGACACCAUUGUUGGUUUAGAGGCACGCGGUCUUUUAUUUGGUCCUACUCUUGCACUUAAGUUGGGCUGCGCUUUCGUUCCUGUCCGAAAAGCCGGUAAGUUACCUGGACACACCGUGAGCGUAGAAUACAAGAAGGAGUAUGGUAUCGACAAGCUUGAAAUACACGCUGAAAGCAUCAGUUUUGGAGAUAACGUCGUGAUCAUAGAUGACGUCCUCGCUACUGGUGGAACUAUGAAGGCUGCUGUGGACCUGGUAAAAAAGCUCGGCGGAAAUGUUAUAAAAUGCUUGGUGCUUAUCGAAAUCACCGAGUUAAAGGGAAAAGAUAUUGUCGGCGCUCCUUGUUACGCACUUUUUGAAAAUUAAUGGGACAUACAUAUAAUACUUUUCAUCCCACGCCCAUAGCGCUUUGAAAUAUUAGCGCACC